AUGGCCGGCCGAUUCGUGCGAGCGUCGAAGUAUCGACAUGUCUUUGGUAAAUCUACGAGGAAGGAAUUCUGCUAUGACAAUUUACACAUCAGUCGAAAUGCCUGGGAUACCAACCUGGUCAAGGCCAACCCCGAAUACCUUUCCGUCAAUUGGGAGUCCAGCGGGGGCGGCGCAUUCGCUGUCAUUCCAUUGAACGAGAAGGGCAAGCUACCCGAACAAAUACCACUAUUCAGGGGCCACACUGCCGUUGUCCUGGAUACCGACUGGCAUCCAUUUAACGACCACAUCAUCGCCUCUGGCUCCGAUGACGGGAAGAUAUUCAUAUGGCAGGUCCCGCAGGACUUUACCUUGUACACUGAUGCUGAGGAAGUCACUGAUGUGGCCCCUGUGAGCAAGCUUGCUGGACACUCAAGGAAAGUUGGACAGGUUCUCUUCAACCCCGCUGCCGAAAGUAUCCUCGCCUCCGCCUCCGGCGAUUUCACUAUCAAGCUGUGGGACAUUACUACGGGCCAGGCACCCCUUACCCUGAAGCAUGGCGACAUUGUUCAGAGCUUGUCAUGGAGUGCGAACGGAUCGAUGCUGGUGACGACAUCCAGGGACAAGAAGCUGCGUAUAUGGGAUGUGCGACAAGAGAAGCCCGCUCAUGUCGGGCCCGGCCACGAAGGCGCCAAGAACAGCCGUGCAGUCUGGAUGGGCGAGCACAACCGCAUCGCCACCACCGGCUUCUCGAGGAUGAGCGACCGUCAAAUUGCUCUGUGGGAACCUGGGCGAGAUGGCCCCAUUGGCGGCUUCACCAACCUUGACUCCAUCUCUGGCGUCUGCAUGCCUUUCUGGGAUGAUGGUACGAACUGUCUGUAUCUCGCCGGCAAGGGAGACGGCAACAUCCGGUACUUCGAAUAUGAGAACGACAAGUUCGAGUUCCUGUCCGAAUACAAGUCUGGCGACCCUCAACGAGGAAUUGCAUUCUUGCCCAAACGCGGAGUCAAUGUACACGAAAACGAAGUUAUGCGAGCGUUCAAGACCGUCAAUGAUCAAUACAUUGAGCCCAUUUCAUUCACUGUGCCUCGAAGAGCCGAGACCUUCCAGUCAGACAUUUACCCGCCCACAACUGGAGCGAAGCCAGGUGUAUCCGCAAAGGAGUGGCUCUCUGGAAAGACUGAGCUACCGCCUAAGAUCGACCUGGAAAGUGUCUACGAAGGCAACGCGCCGGUGGAGGUUGCCGCUGACUUCAAACCGCCUGCCGCCGCCGCAGCUCCGGCCCCUGCUCCUACACCCAAGGCAGUGCCGAAGAAGGAGGAGCCAAAACCUGCCGCUGUGCGGUCACCACCUCCUACGAUGUCGGAGCAGAAGGGCUCUAUCGCAGCGAUGGCAUCUAAGUACCAAGACAACGAAGAAGAGAGUGAUGACGAUGAGGCAGAGACAUCUAGCUUCGAGGAAGUUGUUCGUCCGGCGCAAAGAACCUCGGCCCCUGUGAGGUCUGAUCCUAAGCCCGUCAUCUCACCCAUCAAGGCGACACCUGCACCUCAGGCUAAACUACCAUCUCCCGUCAAAUCUCCUCAGUCAUACGCCUCACCAAUUACGAGAAGCACCCCGACUCCUGCUGCCGCUAGUGCUGGAUCAUCCUCGGUCGAGGCAUCCCUCGAGCAGAUCAAGGAGCUUCUUCAGCAACAGACCAAGAUCAUUGCUACUCAGAGCGAAAAGAUUGGACAAUUGACGACGGAGGUGGAAACAUUGAAGAAGCGGGUUGCCUCAGGCACCGAAGACCGAGAAAGGAUCAGACAGCUGGAACUUGAGUUGGAGGAAGCCCGGUCAUGA